AUGAGAAAAUCUAAAAAACAUUAUAAAAAAUGUACCGCAAACAAAUCAGUAAUAAAAAAGCCUAAAAUAGUCUAUACACUUGAUGACAUUAUCUUUAAAAAUUGUGAUAAAUUGGAACAUUACAAAAAAUUAAAAGAACACACACAUUUUUUGGAAGUUAUUAAUAAAACAACUGUAUGGUGUGUAUGUAAUAAAGAGGUUAAACUUGAUAAAUCUUAUUAUGCUCAUAAUCUAGAUAGUCACUCAAAAAGUAGUUUGUGCAAUUUUACCGCUACAAAACAACCAAUAUUAGAAUUUUUUUGGAAAAAUCAAAAGUUAAAAGAACAAAGACCAAGCAAAUUACCACGUGUCAGUGCUGCUUGUUCAGGUUUAAUAGAUGAAAAGUAUCACAAUUAUAUUCUUUUAAGUCCUUCACAAUAUGGUGGUGGCCGACGACCUGAUAUCGUUGUAUAUGAACUAUUUUCAGAAAAAUUUCCAAAUCAAAAAAAUUAUUCAUGGUGUGUUUUAAAUGAUGAUUAA